AUGGCAAACAACUGCUUUCAAAACCAUUAUUAUGACAUCUUGAUACAAUCAUGUAAGCCCUGUCUCCUCAGGUGUAGAGCCUCACCUCCACCUCCAUGUCAGAGCUACUGCGCAACCAAUAGUGAUGAUCCGGAAAAGAGCACUUCCUGGGUUAUUUGGUUCCUUCUGGCUUUUUUUUUGGUCUUACUACCGACCCUUUUCUUGUUAACAAUUGUGCUUCGGAACAAACUGAAGAAAACAAAUGAGAAUAAACAUGGAGGAUGUUUUGGAAAAACGAACGACAAAGAUAAAAACGAGCUCGGAACGAAGAUUAAAGAUGCUGUUUUAGAGUCGGCUCCAGCGAAUGAAAUCAGAAGAGCGAUGUGGCAAAAUGAAGAAGUGGAAAUCCAUGUUUGUGACAAUGCUUUAUCUGACUACCUGUUUCCUUUACCAGCUAUAGAGGAAGGGGCCGCUAUUCUCGUCACCACAAAAACAUCUGCUUGUUGUAACGCGGGGCCAGGUGUCAGGGCUGAUGCUUUUGUGGAAAUAUAACGUGCAUUAUUUCAUGGUGUAGAUGGAGUAAAUUACUAUUUCACAAAGAAACAGCCUGCGAUACUGCGCGUCGGGGGAAGAAAGGGCUCCGCAGUUAGUAACACCCUUGAUUGCGACACUUGAGCAAAGAUUGAUGCAAUCCAUUUGUCUUCCACGCGAACACAGAUGCGGUGUCUUCUCUUCUAGCGCAUAAAGCAUCAAAGAUAAGACUGUAAGAUCCGGCCGCGGGGCAGGUAAUGUCUGUGACAUGUAACAAUAAAGAUGCUUUUAGUACAUAAAAA